AACCGUAGCAGACGACGGGUAUGUUCAAAUCAGUGUGUGUGAGAUUUUAAAGACGUGAAGCGUUUGCUGUGCACGAUUUUUUAAAACGAGAAUUUACAAUAAUUUUACUCACAAACUAGAAAAAAUCUUGAAAUUUACCUUAUCUGAUCAUACUGAAUGAUUAUUUCGUCAUGUCAGCUUCGGACCAUGAAAAUACUUGGAAAUUGCUACACCCCGAAUUGUUGUCACAAGAGGAGCUUCUCUGUAUUCUUAGAGAGAGAAAUGUAAAACUAGAUGAGGAAACAUCUCAAAAUAAAGCUCAACUAGUGGAACUGUUUAAAAGAGUAGCAAUGCCCCAGUCACAGCGAUCUUGUUUUCAAGACAAGACAAGCAAAAUGGAAGUAGACCUGCCAUCUUCACCAGUCAAACUAAACUCACUUUCAAGAGGAUAUCAGUUGAAACAAAGUUCUGGUUCCACAACAUCCAGCAUAUCGCACAGCAACAUUGCAAGCCAGCUAAAUAAAGUCAAACUCAAGCGCAAUGCAUCUGAAAUGAGUGAGUGUACUUCUACAGAUGGAGCAAGUCCUACUAAGAAAAGGGAAAAGAUAACAUGGCCUUAACUUGAAUAAUGUAUUGGAUGUCUUUUAAACCACUGCCUCAUUUGGGAGCAUUGACAUAUGAAUAGGCAUUUUUGUAGGGUUUCCAGAGGACUUUUUGCAAUAAAAUGUUCACAAUCUUUG